GAUCCAUGCUCUAGCCUAGGUAUUGGUGUCUUAGCUACCAUUUCUACUCACAGUGUAAGGAUUCCAUUUCUACUUACAGUGUAAGGUGAAAAUUGAAGUAAGAUGGUAUGGAUGGUUUCAUCGGUAAUUGUGCUAUACUUUCUAAGUAAUGUCUUAGGACAAGUUGGAGAAAAUGGAAUCAGUACCAGUGACCGAAUCCCUGAGUCUCCAGAUGAUACAGAAGAAACAAGGGAAUUCAAUAUACUAAGCAUUGGAAGCCAAAGGUUAUCGUCAGGUUCCAUCUACACUCGCUGGGGUAACAACUCCUGUCCAGAUGUGAAUGGGACAGAGCUUGUGUACUCUGGCCGAGUCGCUGGAAGUCAGCAUGGAACAGACUAUGUGUGUAUGCCAGAUGAUCCAGAAUACCGCCCCUGCGAACAUGAUGGAUGUGAGACAAUGAAUGGAGUGGGACUGUUUAAUUAUACUUCAGUCACCUCUUGCUUUGUUCUUUGUGCCAUCUGCUACUUACCCACAAGAAGCACUGUUCUUAUGAUCCCUUCUAAGGUGACAUGUCCUACGAACUGGACUUACGAAUACAGCGGAUUGCUGAUGACAGACCGAAGUAACCACAGCCAACAUGAGUGUGUUGAUAAAGCCUUACGUUGUAAUGAGAUCACAGGGGCAGAACCACAGACAAUACUUUACCCUCUAUAUGCCUGUAAUUACUGCUAUCGAAAGCCCAUCACAUGUGUUGUGUGCACCCGCUAGCACCUUAUACUCUGUUGCAAAAUAUCGUACAGAUGCAGAUAUAAAGUUACAAGAAAUUACUUCUUAACUCCUCAAACUUGUUGAUGGUAGCACACAUGGAGAUGAAACUUAGUGUGCAUGCCUAUUCCACCGUUUCCAUGACUGACUGACAUUUCUCCUAAAAUCCUAUAUAUCUAUAGUCACAUC